GCUGACAUGUGCAGGAUGCAUCUGCAACGAUAUGCUGGAUCGCCUGCUUCUAUGGCCUGAAAAAUGUCCACUCACCACUAACGGCUUCAAAAGUGGCAACACACGUGGCUCUGUUGUAUCUGCAGAAUGAUGACGUUUAAUUGUACAUCAGGUCAACUAUAAUAACAUGAACAGGUGUAGGUGACAUGUGCUGUGCCACAAUGGAUACAAAACAGGAUUCUGCAGAUAUGAAUGAAAAGAAGGGUGAUGGAAGUGAUGGCAACCCAAAGUCCAAUGACUCCCUGGCCACGGCUUCAGUGCCCGGUACCGACGACCCAACAGCUGACGUCACCGUGUUUCCAGAGCGGAUCUCCACUGAGGACCAUGAGCCGUCUCCUACCGACACCUCUGUGAACGGGUUCCCAGAAGAAACCAGCUCCCACCGAGACCCGACAGGUGGAGCGACCGGAGCUCCCAUCGGCUGCCCGGUGGAGCGAGACCAGCCCCGGUGCGCCGCUGCGGAGGCCCGCCGUGACCGUGAUGCGAGUCGGUCCCUCACGUCAACCCGCAGGAGUCCGCAAAGCCUCAAAGUCACCGGCGUCCACGCGCAGCCGGGUGGUGACGACCUUUGCGCCGCCAUCCUCUUGGCCUGCCUCUUCUGUCACCCGCUGGACUGCUUACCGGCCGCGGCGAGAGGGUGCGCCGAGUGCGCGCGGUGGCUGUGCGGGUUCCUGUGCGGCUGCGAGCCCGGCACCCUGCGGCCCCUCCUGGAGGCCGCCGGCCGCCGCCGUGACCUCUGCGGCGGCCCGUGCGCCUGUCCCGGCUGCCUCCAGGCGUCCGAGUGCCUGGACCUCUCCAUGGAGAUCUCUCAGAUGCUUUACCACUAA